CAGGGGUGUCGUGGCGGUGGCAAGCGCUGCAACAGGUAGACGGCGAGAGACGGACCCCGGCCGCGGCAGCUAUGGAGACCAAAGGCUACCCCAGUCUCCCUGAAGGUCUAGAUAUGGAAAGACGGUGGAGUCAAAUCUCUCAGGCUCCAGAGCAUUCUUCCCUGGGCCCUACAGAGAGGACCGAUGAGAAUAACUACAUGGAGAUUGUCAACGUAAGCUGUGUUUCCGGUGCUAUUCCAAACAACAGUACUCAAGGAAGCAGCAGAGAAAAACACGAACUACUCCCUUGCCUUCAGCAAGACAGUAACCGGUCUGGGAUUUUAACAUCUGACAUUAAAACUGAGCUGGAAUCUAAGGAACUUUCGGCUACUGUCGCGGAGUCCAUGGGUUUAUACAUGGAUUCUAUAAGAGAUGCUGACUACGCCUACGAUCCGCAGAACCAACAAGGAAGCGUGAGUCCAGCAAAGAUUUACCACAAUGUAGAGCAGCUGGUGAAAUUUUACAAAGAGAACGGCCAUCGCCCUUCGAACCUCAGUACUGUGAGCAGGCCCUUGAGGUCCUUUGGGUCCGACCCGGGGAGCUCCGUGAAUGGUGGGGUCAUGCGCGCCAUUGUUAAGAGCCCCAUCGUGUGUCACGAGAAGAGCCCCUCUGUGUGCAGCCCUGCUACAGUCAGCUCGGUGUCCUCCUCCACAGCUAGCUUUGGCGGUUUCUCAGUGCACAGCCCCAUCACCCAAGGAACUCCUGUGACAUGCUCCCCCAAUGUUGAGAACCGAGGGUCCCGGUCGCACAGCCCUGCACAUGCUAGCAACGUGGGCUCCCCUCUCUCAAGUCCCUUAAGUAGCAUGAAAUCCCCAGUUUCCACCCCUCUGAGUCACUGCAGUGUCAAAUCUCCAGUCUCCAGUCCCAAUGUCACUCUGCGCUCCUCUGUGUCCAGCCCUGCAAAUCUUAAUAACUCAAGGUGCUCCGUCUCCAGCCCUUCCAACACAAAUAACAGAUCCACGCUUUCCAGUCCGACAGCCAGUACAGUGGGCUCCAUCUGCAGCCCCAUAAACAAUGUCUUCAACUACAUUGCUCCUAGCAACUGUACUGGAGCCGGUGCAACCCGGGAUGUGACUCCCAGUCCGGACACACACGAGAAAGGUGCUCACGAGGUCCCUUUUCCGAAAACCGAGGAAGUCGAGAAUGCCGUCUCCAACGGUGUGGCGAGCCAGCUCAACAUCGUCCAAUACAUCAAACCAGAGCCAGAUGGAGCUUUUAGCAGCUCGUGUCUAGGAGGCAGUGGCAAGAUGAAUUCUGAGUCUCCAUUCUCUGUACCAAUAAAGCAAGAACCCACCAAGCAUUCAUGUUCAGCCACCUCUUUUAAAGGGAAUCCAGCGGUAAACCCAUUUCCAUUUAUGGAUGGCUCCUAUUUUUCCUUUAUGGAUGAUAAAGACUACUAUUCUCUGUCAGGAAUUUUAGGACCACCUGUGCCAGGCUUUGAGGGCAACUGUGAAGGCAGUGCAUUCCCAGUGGGGAUUAAACAGGAACCAGAGGACGGGAGCUAUUACCCGGAGGCCAGCAUCCCUGCCUCUGCCAUCGUUGGUGUGAAUUCAGGUGGGCAGUCCUUUCACUACAGGAUUGGUGCUCAAGGUACAAUAUCUUUGUCACGAUCAACUAGAGACCAGUCUUUCCAGCACCUGAGUUCCUUUCCUCCUGUCAGUACUUUAGUGGAGUCAUGGAAAUCACACGGUGAUCUGUCGUCUAGAAGAAGUGAUGGGUAUCCAGUUCUAGAAUACAUUCCAGAAAACGUAUCAAGCUCUACUUUACGAAGUGUUUCUACUGGAUCCUCAAGACCUUCCAAAAUAUGCCUGGUGUGUGGCGACGAGGCUUCUGGAUGUCACUAUGGGGUGGUGACCUGCGGCAGCUGCAAAGUCUUCUUCAAAAGAGCAGUGGAAGGGCAACACAACUAUUUAUGUGCUGGAAGGAAUGACUGCAUCAUUGAUAAGAUUCGACGAAAGAAUUGUCCCGCCUGCAGGCUUCAGAAAUGUCUUCAAGCUGGAAUGAACUUAGGAGCUCGAAAGUCAAAGAAGUUGGGGAAGUUAAAAGGCAUUCACGAGGAGCAGCCCCAGCAGCAGCCCCCACCUCCACCGCCGCCGCCCCAGAGCCCUGAGGAGGGGACCACGUACAUCGCGCCUGCGAAAGAGCCCUCGGUCAACACGGCCCUGGUCCCUCAGCUCUCCACCAUCUCUCGAGCCCUCACCCCGUCCCCAGCCAUGGUCCUGGAAAGCAUCGAACCGGAAAUUGUCUACGCGGGCUAUGAUGGCUCUAAGCCGGACACGGCCGAACACCUGCUCUCCACCCUCAACCGCCUGGCCGGCAAGCAGAUGAUCCAGGUCGUGAAGUGGGCCAAGGUACUUCCAGGAUUUAAAAACUUGCCUCUUGAGGACCAAAUUACCCUAAUCCAGUAUUCUUGGAUGUGUCUGUCAUCAUUUGCCUUGAGCUGGAGAUCGUACAAACAUACGAACAGCCAAUUUCUCUAUUUUGCACCGGACCUAGUCUUCAAUGAAGAGAAGAUGCAUCAGUCCGCCAUGUAUGAACUGUGCCAGGGGAUGCACCAGAUCAGCCUUCAGUUCGUUCGACUGCAGCUCACCUUUGAAGAAUACACCAUAAUGAAAGUUUUGCUGCUACUAAGCACAGUUCCAAAGGAUGGCCUCAAAAGCCAUGCUGCAUUUGAAGAAAUGAGGACAAAUUACAUCAAAGAACUGAGGAAGAUGGUAACUAAGUGUCCCAAUAAUUCUGGGCAGAGCUGGCAGAGGUUCUACCAACUGACCAAGCUUCUAGACUCCAUGCAUGACCUGGUGAGCGACUUGCUGGAGUUUUGCUUCUACACCUUCCGAGAGUCCCAGGCCCUGAAAGUGGAGUUCCCCGCGAUGCUGGUCGAGAUCAUCAGUGACCAGCUGCCAAAGGUGGAGUCCGGCAACGCCAAGGCCCUUUACUUUCACAGGAAGUGACGGAGGAUGUCUUACCAGAAGAACUUUGCCUUAAGUUUCCCCGUGUAAUUCCACACCCACAAAGGACUCGAGAAA